UUGCUGGGCUUUAGUAAAAAAAAUCAAAAUAAACAUGUAAUUGGCAAUUCUAAAAAGAUUUAGUGCUACAUUCUUCAAAUGUUCCACCCCUGUACUAAUGUAUGUCAUUUGUUUUUGAUAGAGUGGUGGGGUAUACAGAAGAACUUUGGAGAAAUGUUUCUGUACAGAAAUAUGUAUCCUCUCUAAAUAUCAGCACAGUAACAUUUUGGAGUUGGUGGCUUGCUGCAUUGACAGUGGCUCAUAUUGCUUGAUUUACCAGUUCAUGGAAAACGGAUCUCUGCAAGACAGGCUGCAGUUAAUUAAUUGCAGCCCUCCUAUUUCUUGGGAGUCCCGCAUUAGCAUAGUCAUGGGGAUUGCCCGUGCCCUUGUCUUUUUACACUCAAAGGCAAUCCUCCAUGGCAAUAUAAAAAGUACCAAUGUGCUGUUGGGCAGCUGCUUCUCACCAAAGCUGUGUGACUUUGGAGCCAGAAUUCUACCAUCGGACACCAGGAGCGGAUAUACCAACACUCAGACAGACCUCCUAGAAACAUGCCUUACAUACUUUCCUGAUGACUUCAUUAGUAACAGGCAAAUAUCGGAGAAAGUUGAUGUUUUUUCCUGUGGAGUUGUGUUUGCAGAAAUUCUGACUGGUCUGAAAGCAAGAGAUAAAUCAAGAAAACCUUCUCUUUUGCACGAGUUGAUCAGAGAAGAAACAGACCAAGUGAAUGUGGAAAACCCUAGACUGGCUGCUGAAGAAAUUUGCCGGAAAUACCUGGACAAAAAGGCUGGCAAGUGGCCUCUCUGCACUGCAGUGGAGUUUGCCAGGGUUGUAUGCCUUUGUUUCCAAAAAAGAAGACCAACUGCAUCAGAAGUACAUACACUGUUAGAGAAGCUUGACAUUGCAAUAAAAUAUCCAGCACCACUCCAUAACGAAGAAGUCAAUGUCCUUCAUUUUGAAAAUGGACCAAGUUCAAUGAUGUUCAACUCCCAGGCGUCAACAGCUCUAGCAAAUGGGAUGCAAAGCCUUGCAAUAUUAAAGUUACCUUGUGAAUCAGAUGAUCUGGAGAGCUUAGCCCCUGUGCCAGCAAUGCAAGUCAACACUGCCUGCUGCUCUACAGACACUGGCCAUGUUGAGAACAACCCCUCUGGGUUUCUGAAGGGUUCAGAGGGUUGUGUUAAAGGAACGCUAGACCUAGUGAAGACCAGUGGCUAUUUAACUGAAGAAUUGGUGGCUUCUUCCAUGAGCAGUGGUUCAGCAUCUCAAGGUUGUUCCAGGACUCAGCUCCAGAUUCCAGAUCACCUUGACCCAGCAUGUACAUCACGACAAGCAGCUCAAGAGCAAACUCUGUCUCCUGGUUUCAGACACUAUGAGGCCUUUGGAUACCUAUGUAAAGUAAACAUGGCGGGCUCAAUGAUUGGAAAUGAAGAAUCUUCACCAACAGAGACGCCUCAUGCUGACUCUAGCCAAGACAUGAGCGGAGCCACAAAACAGGAGCGCUCAUUGGUUGCAUCACUAGAUAUGCAAGUGGCAGCAGAGGGCACACAGCAAGAAUGACUAGUCAGGAUGACAUCACUGAUACGAAGAUGCAAGAAAGACUUAGUUUUUCUUUUGAACAUGAGAAACAUGCAGAGCACC